ACUUGAAACUGCACCUCCAGAGCACAGACUAUGGGAACUUCCUGGCUAAUGAAGCUUCCCCACUCACCGUCUCCGUCAUAGAUGACAAGCUGAAGGAGAAGAUGGUGGUGGAGUUUCGUCACAUGAGGAACCAUGCUUAUGAGCCCCUAGCAAGUUUUCUGGACUUCAUCACGUACAGCUACAUGAUCGACAACGUCAUUCUGCUGAUCACUGGGACCCUGCACCAGCGCUCAAUCUCCGAACUGGUGCCCAAGUGCCAUCCUCUGGGAAGUUUUGAGCAGAUGGAAGCUGUGAACAUUGCUCAGACGCCUGCAGAGCUCUACAAUGCAAUCCUGGUGGACACUCCCCUGGCUGCUUUCUUCCAAGACUGCAUAUCUGAACAGGACCUGGAUGAAAUGAACAUCGAAAUAAUUCGGAACACACUCUAUAAGGCUUAUCUGGAAUCUUUCUACAAAUUCUGCAAGGUGCUGGGAGGUACCACGGCAGAUGCCAUGUGUCCGAUCCUGGAGUUUGAAGCUGACCGGAGGGCCUUCAUUAUCACCAUUAACUCAUUUGGUACUGAGCUGUCCAAGGAGGACCGAGCAAAGCUGUUCCCGCACUGUGGCAAGCUCUACCCUGAGGGACUGGCUCAGCUGGCCAGAGCAGAUGACUACGAACAAGUAAAAAGUGUUGCUGACUACUACCCUGAGUACAAGCUGCUGUUUGAAGGGGCUGGCAGCAACCCUGGAGACAAGACCCUUGAAGACAGGUUCUUUGAGCAUGAGGUGAAGCUGAACAAGCUGGCCUUCCUCAACCAAUUCCACUUUGGAGUCUUCUACGCCUUUGUGAAGCUGAAGGAGCAGGAGUGCCGCAACAUUGUGUGGAUCGCGGAGUGCAUCGCCCAGCGGCACAGGACCAAGAUCGACAACUACAUUCCCAUCUUCUAACCCUGCUCUGCUCCUGUCCGACCCUCCUGCCCCUGGAGCCUCGAGGGACCCCUGUCUAAUUCCCUGAGUUUUCCGUUGCCCAGACUCCAGGGGCGUCCCAUCUGUGGAACUGGCUCAGAUGAGGAAACUGUACAGUUGCUAGUUAAAUUAUUCACAAGCUGAAGUUUGAGUUGUGUGUGCUGUGAGGGGUCCGGAGGGACCAGUGGCACAGGCUUGUCCCUGUGUAGCAGGAGGGACACCUCCUGCUGUGUAUCUCAUAGUCCCCGUGUUCCUGUACUAAUCUGCUGUAUGUGCUUGUGCUUAUAGAGCAAGCACCAGCCGGGGGGUUGCUGCCUCCAAGGGGUUCCCAGUGCUGCAGAGGAGCGC